UGAUAUGCGUUAUCCUCGGCUAUUUAUAAAAGGGCACUUCUCAUCAAUGAGUUGCAUACUCUUCCUCUCCAAAUAAUCUUUAGCUUCUCCUCUCCCUAUGCUAAUGGCAUCUCUCUUCCCCAUUUUAGUUACCACUAUCUUUGCCAUCUCCUUAUUUAGCCUCACUCCAUCCUUGGUGCUUGCUCGUAAGCCAUGCCACUUCCCAGCAAUAUUCAACUUUGGUGACUCAAACUCUGACACUGGAGGCUUGUCAGCAGCAUUUGGCCAGGCGGGUCCUCCGAAUGGAGAGUCUUUCUUUGGCGGCCCCGCUGGCCGCUACUCCGACGGCCGCCUUGUCAUCGACUUCAUAGCCCAGAGCCUUGGAUUACCAUAUCUAAGUGCAUUUCUUGACUCCGUGGGGACCAACUUUACUCAUGGAGCUAACUUUGCCACUGCCGGAUCCACCAUUAGACCUCAGAACACAACCUUGCAGCAAAGCGGUUUCAGCCCCAUCUCCUUGAACGUUCAAUAUUACGAGUUCCAUGAUUUUCUUGUAAGGUCACAAGUUGUGCGUAAAAGAGGUGGAGUGUAUGAAACGUUAUUGCCAAAGGAAGAAGACUUCUCAAAUGCCUUGUACACCUUCGAUAUUGGCCAAAAUGAUCUCACUGCUGGUUACUUCUCAAACAUGUCAACCGAAGAAGUUAAAGCCUAUGUUCCCGAUGUGCUUAAUCAGUUCCAGACUAUAAUUCAGUAUAUAUAUGGCCAAGGAGGUAGAUACUUUUGGAUACACAAUACAGGUCCUGUAGGGUGUCUGCCGUACGUCAUGGAACGUAUCCCAGUCUUAGCAGGCCAGAUUGAUGAAAACGGAUGCGCCUCCCCAUUCAAUGAAGUGGCCCAAUUUUUCAAUCUUGGAUUGAAAAAGACGGUGGAACAGUUGCGCAAAGAUUUGCCGCUUGCUGCAAUCACAUACGUUGAUGUUUACUCUGUGAAAUACUCCCUAAUUAGCCAAGGAAGAAAGCAUGGGUUCAUGCAACCUCUCAGAACAUGCUGCGGUCAUGGUGGAAAGUACAAUUACAACAAGAACUUGGGUUGUGGAGGAAAGAUUUCUAAACACGGGAAGGAAGUGUUAGUUGGGGCACCUUGCAAAGAUCCUUCGACUUACGUUAAUUGGGACGGAGUACACUUUACUCAAGCAGCUAAUCAGUACAUAUUUGAACAUAUUCUCAAUGGUUCAUUCUCGGACCCUCCAAUUCCAUUAAAUAUGGCCUGUCAGAGGAAGGGGAACUAAACUCCUUUUGCAUUUCUAACUUUGUUUUUUCUGUAUUCAGCACCUUCAAUGCUAUCCUUAAGUUGGAUUUUUUACAUUAUUUCUGUAAUGCCUUGUAGAAUGAUCUACAUGGUAUUAUUAAUACCAUGUCUUCGGUCUUAGUUCUAUUAGAAUUUAAGAUCUUAUUUGAUU